AUGGACCUUCCUUCCUCUACGGAGCGAUCACCACUCCUUUACCACGGUGGCUUCUUCCCCACGCACCCGCCCAUCGUGAAAGUCUCAGACCACGAGCAGCGGGCCGCAGCAUCUCAUCAACAGGAAGUGGAACACCAAGACCGAAUCUCCCCACCCGAGUCCGAACCAUGGACCCGCCCCGCCUUUCUAACCGCAUCCCUCUGCACCUCCUUCCUCAUCCUCUUCGCCAUCGCCGACCUUCUCCGCUGGGUCUCAACCACCCGCCUCCUCGAGCUCGGCAUAUGCCGUGAAUACUACCAUAACCAUACCCGUGACCAUUCAAGGUCCUCCAACAUCCCGAUCCCGGACUCCCCGGACUCCCCGGACUGCACCCACCCCGCAAUCCAAUCCCGCCUCGCCACCCUCCGCGGCACCCUCUCCGCCCUCGAAGCCUUUCUCUCUCUAUGUCUGACCCUCCCCUACGGCCUUCUCGUGCCCGCAUCCCCCGGCGGCGAACGCUCCCUGGCGGGCCUCAACGUCCUCGGCUACCUGUUAUCAUGUGGGUGGCUGAUGAUCGUCUGCUCCUCCUCCUACAGGUACCCUGACAACACAUUUCCCGGCGGUGUAAACACCACGAUAUGGGCGCCGGUAUUGAGGGUGUUGGUCGGGGGAGGAGCGCCGGUGCUGAGUAGUCUGGUGUAUGCGAUUGCUGCGAGGGGAGUCCCAAAGCAGAAAAGGGCGAGCGUGUUUAUGGUGUUUGUGGGUGCGCAACUGGGGGCUGGGGUGGUGGGCAUGUUGGGUGCUGCGGCGUUGUUGGAUCGGGGACGAGAGAUGGCGGCCAUGGGCUUGAAUUUCCCGCUUGGGGUAGGGUGUUUGGUGGUUUUGUGGUGCUUGCCUGGUUCGAGAAAGGGGGAAAGAAGGGGUGGAGGUGGUGGAGGUGAGGGAGAAGGAUUGUUGAAUGGUGGUGAAAGGGAGUCUGAUGGUGAUGGUGAUGUCAACAAACACGUCACCAUGACCUUGUCCUUGUCAUCGUUGUUGUCCUCCGGCAAGCGAAGCACCGCUGUUCUGUCUGAGCUACUCGCCCACGACCGUAGGGUUCUCGUCCUGUUGGCCACCAUCCCUAUAGCCAAGUGUAUCAACCCUGUCGAGGAGUUGAUGGUCCAGUACAUCCCGAAACGGUUCGACAUCUCCUUGGCCUCUGUAAGUUCUGCUUCUUCUUCUUCCACCUCCCCGUCCUCUAUACUCCUUUGUAUCUAG